AAAUCAAUACUCCCAUUGCGAGAGAAUAAUGGCACAAGGUGUCCAGCUUGUUUCUUUGCCAAAGCCCCUACAAUAGCAAUUGAUGCUAACUUUGGUUUAUGCAGGAAAAUGUCAGCGGGAUUAAGUGUAGCUAACCCUCUGCACCUAGACACUGAUGUUUUUUGCAAUCAAUCAUCAGUUGAUGACUUUGUUCAUAAAUACAAUGGUAGCACAGGGAAGGAUGCUAAUGAUAAUGAAUGCAAUAAGUUUUUGGCCACUAAUGCUUUACGGUCAAAGAAUAGAUUUCGUGCCCUUGAUGAAACAGGGAUUGUAGGAGCCGUUUGUAAACAUGAAAUGCCUUGCUUAUUUUUUUCAUUACGACAUGGUGAAAGAUUUUCUUAUAUUGUUUAUGCUAUGGAAGAAAUCAAAAGAAGAGUAGAGACAAAAAGUGUGAAUCUGUUAUAUGAUGUGGCUUGUGCAUUAGAAAAGCAUCUUAAGAAGGUUAAAAGAAAUGAUUUAUUAAGUUUUUUUAAAUUGGCUGUUCCAGUUUUUCAUAGUUAUGGCCACAAAGUUGAUUGUCAACUUAAGUAUAGUCCAAGAAAUAUUCCAGGAUUUGGAAUGGCUGAUGGAGAGGGAUGUGAACGACUUUGGUCAUACUUACGUCGAUUUGCCAGAAUUACAAAAGAAAGUAGACCAUCACGCAGAAUAGAUAUUUUAACUGAUUCUGUCUUAUACUAUGGUAGAAUUUCUUCUGAUCGUCUUGUUAUUAGAAACCCUUCUACCACAAAGAUAUCACAAAUAUCUUAAGCUAAGGC